UAAUUGUGAUUUGCAAUUUCAUUCUGCCUAAUUUCUACGUGCAUACUUUUUAUACAAAAAUUAAAUAACUAUUAUUCAGAAUAUAGAUCAGCUACAAAUAUAGCAAAAAUGUCGAAUACGCAAGCGACAGUUACUGCUUACUUGGCGGCACAAAAGAAGACCACAAACAAAGAUCUCGCCGCCGAAUGGACUCUGAUUGAAGAGCUCCACAACGAGAAGUUGUGGAAUGAGCUGACUAUUAAGCUGGUGACAUUUGUGCGCCAUGAAUCGCUGCAAGACGAGAGCGCUCUACUGCAGCUAUAUCAAAAUUUUAUCUCCACCUUCGAAACAAAAAUUAAUCCAUAUGGUCUGAUCCAAAUACUUGAGGUGGUCGUGGACAACAUUGCCGACAAAAAGGAGGCCAUCGAUUUUCUCGAGAAGAUGAAGGAUAAGGUGAAAAUAUGCGAUGAAGCCGUGUGGUAUCUGCAAGUCAUGCAGGGCAAUCUAUAUCUGAGCAAUCUGAACGAUCUGAAUGCCACCAAGAAGAUCAUCGAGGAGUUGCGCGAUGUUCUCGAGGAGGCUGGCAAUGUGACGCCAGUGCAUGGCAAAUAUUAUAUGCUCGCCUCGCAGUAUUAUCGCCGUGUGGGCAAGCACAGUGAAUAUUAUCGAUGUGGGCUGCAGUUCCUCGGCUGCUCGCUGGAUGAUUAUCCGCGGGAUCAGUGGGCGCAACAGGCAUUCUUUCUGGGACUGGCCGCAUUGCUGGGCGAUGGCGUCUACAACAUUGGUGAGCUGUUGGCCCAUCCCAUUUUGGAGUCGCUGCAAAACACAGAAAACGAAUGGCUCGUCGAAUUACUCAAGGCAUUUAACAUGGGCGACAUCAACAAAUUCAAUGCCAUGAAGAAGAUUUGGUCGAAAAUACCCGAUUUGGCUGCCCAGGAGGUGAAGCUGCGCCAGAAGAUAUCCCUGCUCUGCCUCAUGGAAAUGACGUUCAAGCGCUCGGCCAUCGAGCGUGCCAUUUCUUUCGCGGAUAUCGCCAGCGAGACCAAGUUGCCGGCCAAAGAGGUCGAGUAUCUGAUCAUGAAGGCGCUGGCCCUCGAUCUGGUGCGCGGUGAGAUUGAUCAGGUCGCUGGCGUUGUUAACAUGUCCUGGGUGCAGCCACGUGUGCUGAAUCGCGCACAAAUUGUUGGCAUGGCCAGCACCCUGGACACUUGGAUGGGAGCGAUCACCAAUAUGGAAAAGCUUAUGGAGAAUCGCGCUGCUGAAAUUCUCACAAAUUGAUAAUAUAAGUUCCCCCUUUAAUUUCCAUUUUGCAUAUGUGCUUUUUGUAUUAAAUCAACACAUGUGCAUGAUGCAAACUUUA